CCUUUUGGCUUAAAUAUGGUGGUACAAGAUUAUCAUGGACAUAAAAUUUGUGAUCCUUAUGCUUGGCUUGAAGACCCUGACAGUGAACAGACAAAGGCUUUUGUGGAGGCCCAGAAUAAGAUUACUGUGCCGUUUCUUGAGCAGUGUCCCAUCAGAGGUUUAUACAAAGAGAGAAUGACUGAACUGUAUGACUAUCCCAAGUACAGUUGCCACUUCAAGAAAGGAGACCGGUAUUUUUAUUUUUACAAUACAGGUUUACAGAACCAACGAGUAUUAUAUGUGCAAGAUUCCUUAGAGGGUGAGGCCAGAGUGUUCCUUGACCCCAAUGUCCUGUCUGAUGACGGCACAGUAGCCCUCCGAGGUUAUGCAUUCAGUGAAGAUGGUGCAUAUUUUGCCUAUGGUCUGAGUGCCAGUGGCUCAGACUGGGUGACGAUCAAGUUCAUGAAAGUUGAUGGUGCCAAAGAGCUUCCUGAUGUACUUGAAAGAGUCAAGUUCAGCUGUAUGGCCUGGACCCAUGACGGGAAGGGAAUGUUUUACAACUCGUACCCCCAGCAGGAUGGAAAGAGUGAUGGUACAGAAACAUCAACCAAUCUCCACCAAAAGCUCUGCUACCAUGUCUUAGGGACUGAUCAGUCAGAAGAUGUUUUGUGUGCCGAGUUUCCUGAUGAACCUAAGUGGAUGGGUGGAGCUGAGUUAUCUGAUGAUGGUCGCUAUGUCUUAUUAUCAAUAAGGGAAGGAUGUGAUCCAGUAAACCGACUCUGGUACUGUGACCUACAGCAAGAAUCCAAUGGCAUCACUGGAAUCCUGAAGUGGGUAAAACUGAUCGACAACUUUGAAGGAGAAUAUGACUAUGUGACCAAUGAGGGGUCAGUCUUCACGUUCAAGACCAAUCGCCGUUCUCCCAACUAUCGCCUGAUCAACAUUGACUUCACGGAUCCUGAUGAGUCUAAGUGGAAAGUGCUUGUUCCUGAGCACGAGAAAGAUGUCUUAGAAUGGGUAGCGUGUGUCAGGUCCAACUUUCUGGUCUUGUGCUACCUCCAUGAUGUAAAGAACAUCCUGCAGCUGCACGACCUGGCCACAGGUGCUCUCCUCAGGACCUUCCCACUCGAGGUCGGCAGUGUCGUGGGCUACAGUGGGCAGAAGAAGGACACGGAGAUCUUCUAUCAGUUCACGUCCUUUCUAUCUCCAGGGAUCAUUUAUCACUGUGAUCUUACCAAAGAGGAGCUGGAGCCCAGGGUUUUCCGAGAGGUGACCGUGAAGGGAAUAGACGCUUCGGAUUACCAAACAAUCCAGAUUUUCUACCCUAGCAAGGAUGGCACAAAGAUUCCUAUGUUCAUUGUCCAUAAAAAGGGCAUAAAAUUGGACGGCUCACAUCCUGCUUUCUUAUAUGGCUAUGGUGGCUUCAACAUAUCCAUUACCCCCAACUACAGCGUGUCCAGGCUCAUUUUUGUGAGACACAUGGGUGGCGUCCUUGCAGUGGCCAACAUCAGAGGUGGCGGUGAAUACGGAGAGACGUGGCAUAAAGGUGGUAUCUUGGCAAACAAACAGAACUGCUUUGAUGACUUCCAGUGUGCUGCCGAAUAUCUGAUCAGGGAAGGUUACACGUCUCCCAAGAGGUUGACUAUUAAUGGAGGAUCAAAUGGCGGCCUCCUAGUGGCCACUUGUGCAAAUCAGCGUCCUGACCUCUUUGGUUGUGUUAUUGCCCAAGUUGGAGUUAUGGACAUGCUCAAAUUCCAUAAAUACACUAUCGGUCAUGCCUGGACCACUGAUUAUGGGUGCUCCGACAGCAAACAACACUUUGAAUGGCUUGUCAAAUAUUCCCCACUGCAUAACGUGAAGUUACCAGAGGCCGAUGGCGUGCAGUACCCGUCCAUGCUCCUCCUCACCGCUGACCACGAUGACCGCGUGGUCCCUCUCCAUUCUCUGAAGUUCAUUGCCACUCUUCAGUACACGGUGGGCCGCAGCCAGAAGCAAAGCAACCCCUUGCUCAUCCACGUGGACACCAAGGCAGGCCAUGGGGCAGGGAAGCCCACAGCCAAAGUGAUAGAAGAAGUCUCAGACAUGUUUGCAUUCAUAGCACGGUGCCUGAACAUUAGCUGGAUUCCGUAAAUGGAGUGUCCUGCUCCCUCCUGACAGCCGCAGAAAACCUCAAGGGCUUUCACACGUUCUAAGAAACCACUGGGCAUACUGCGUCCCCGUGGGAGCGCUGUCCUGCACUCACAGACUGCAGUUGAACAGAACCGCAUCAUGGGAAUUUUAUCUUUUUUAGUCUUCUUUUUAGCAAGCCCUUGGCAUUUCUUUUUCCACCCUAUCCAGGCACAUACAAUGUUUUAAAAAAGAAAGCAAAAAAAAAAAAAAGAAGGCAUGCGUGGAUAAAUAGCUAACUGGCAACAAAUACGUUGUGAAUAUUAGAUUGCUGAAUUAAGGGUCGUGGUUGGGUAUGCUCAUAUAUAAAACAACUCAGUGAAAUUGCUUCUAUAACCAUAACCUAUAUAUCCUAAAUAAAUGUGAGACUCUUCUCAUGAAAGAGACUUCAUUGCAAUACUAAUAAAUAUUAUUUAAGAACAGGAGAUGAGAGACUUUAUUUUUGU